CUUGCGUCGCCGGCGGACCGACCGACGCUGGAAGCGGAGGCAGAAGCGGCCGCGGCGGAGGGGCUCUGCCCACUGGCCAGUUUGAGCUGCGAGAUGAGGCCACAGCAGCCGCCUGUUGCCAGCAAAGUCUUCAUCCAAAGGGACUACAGCAGUGGCACGAGGUGCCAGUUCCAGACCAAGUUCCCCCCAGAGUUGGAAAACCGGAUUGACAGGCAGCAAUUUGAAGAAACUGUGCGGACCCUGAAUAAUCUUUACGCCGAAGCGGAGAAACUUGGGAGCCAGUCCUAUCUGGAAGGGUGCUUGGCUUGCUUGACUGCCUACACUAUAUUUCUGUGCAUGGAGACCCAUUAUGAGAAGGUUCUCAAGAAAAUUGCCAAGUACAUUCAGGAGCAGAACGAGAAGAUCUAUGCUCCACAAGGCCUCCUCUUGACUGACCCCAUUGAGAGGGGACUAAGAGUUGUUGAAAUUACCAUUUAUGAAGACAGAAGUGUGAGCAGUGGAAGAUAAACCUCUGAUGUCAAAGGGACCAGCGAACAUGGUUUCCGCU